AUGGGGCUGCAAGCCGUAUGCGGGUUUCUUCGCUCUCGCGUGAGUCGCCCCCCUUCCUUCUCAGUAGCUCUGGCUUUCCUGCUGGCUGUGUGCGUCUCGUCGCGGCUUUGCAGGCCUCAGCGCCAGGACGCACUCUCGCCGUGUCUGCAGGCUCGCGCGGCCCCGUCUCCUUCCCCAUCUACGCGCUCGUCCGCCUCUUCUUCUGUGCUGCCCUCAGCCUUCGAAAGGGGAACCGUCUGGGGGACUUACCGCCCCUCCGCGUUUUUCUCUCUCCGCGCGUCGUCGCGCGCCCGCGGCUUCCUCACCGGCCUCGCGUGGAGCGGCGACGGCGCGGAGGGCGAUGGCGCGCGGCAGCCGAGAGCCUUCGCUGACGAGGAGGACGACACCGACGACGCGGAACUCUGGGGGGCGAGCGCGCCGUCCGGUCCCCCGACUGCGGCGCGGCGCGAGGAGAUCUUCCACCUGAUCAACGAAACCAAUUUGCAGGACGUGCGAAAGUGCGAGGCGCAGAAGGCUGCGCCGGCGGAUGCGCGCGCAUGCCGGGAAGGCGUUCGCGCGACUUGGCUGGAGCACGAUGGCGUGUUUUACGGCAAACAAGAAAUCGUUCACCUCCGCCGCGGGCGUGCGAGCGGCGACGCCGCAACGGGCGACCUGGAGCGCCUGCGAAUCGUCUCCACCUUCGUCAAGCAUCCGCAGUUCCCCGAUCGAGUCUUCUCCUUCCGCCUUGCCGCCUCCAGGGCGCCAGAAGGCAGCCAGCGGGAAGGAGGCCAGGGGGGCGGAGGCGAGGGAGACAGUCGCGGCGGCCUGUCGCCGGGGUCGCUGUUUGUAUACUUCACGUCGGAAGACGAGGACUUUGGCGUGGCGCUUCAUCCGGCCUCGAAGAGACGCGGCGAGAAGACGCGCGCGACCGGCAGCAACCGAAUGUUUGUCCUCGGGCGCGGUGACGGCGCCGCUGGCGACCUCCUCGCGGUAGUGGAGACCUUCUGGAGCAAAACGGGGAAGGCCCGUAGCGUCGACUGGACGGGCGAGGGCGGCUCGGGGACGGGAGCGACCCUACCGGAGGCCCCCGCGAGGGAGACAGAAGUGUAUUACGGCGGCGCGCUGCUGCAGGGCGCCGCGACUGAGGCUUGGGACUCUGGAAGACACAUCGAGAGGCUGCUGGAGAGGCAGGAGUCGGGCGGGGGGAGGACUCGCCAAGGUAGCGGGAAGAGCGCCGCCGCGGGGCGUCGCACGCUGCCGAACGAAGAAGAGGCGGAGGCGAACUUCCUCGUGCUGCAGGUCAUGGACCGCCAGUCCGCGGAAGCGGGAGACGACGACGGAGAGCUGAUCGUGGAUGUUCAUGUCUUCACGCAAGGCAUCCUCGGCGCGGCACCCGACGCAGGCAACCACGAGCCGCCCCUGGCAUGCAACCAUGCCUGCCUGGCGUCGCUCUCCGCUGACGAGUUGGACGCGAGAAUCAGCCCGUUCCUCUUUGGGUCUCCGUCGAAGUCGUCAUCGCGACUCCGCGCGCACUUUGACUUCCUCGAGCGCCUCCACUCGCGCCUCUUCAGCCUGCAGCUCUCCGAAGCGUUCCCAGUCGCGCCCGCCUCCGCCUCGACGCCUCCGCUGGCGCUGCGGCGCGCGAUGGUCGCGAAUCUCCUCGGCUCGCGCGGCUUCUUCUCAGGCGCGCUCCCCGUGGCGGCGCCCGCCUCCGCCUUCUCGGCGCGCGCAGCAGACGAGCUUGAGGAAGACGAGCUGGAGGCGUCGCGUGCAGACCAGGCGGGCGAAAACGGAGGCGAGAAGAGGGGCGGAGACUCGCGCGAGUGGCGACUCGAUGCACUCUCGCUUUUCUCCUUCGUGCCCUGUAGAAUGAAGUUCCCCAGGCCCUUUCUCUGGGACGAGGGCAUGCACGCCCUCGUCGCCAUCGAGUGGUUUCCACUCCUCGUCGCCCAGAACCUCGUCUCCUGGAUGAGCAUCAUGGACAGAACGAAAGACAUCUCCCCAGGCUGGCUGCCGCGCGAGCUCGCGCUGCGUGAGGAAAUGACUGUCGGCUUGCCUGAGGUCUUCCGCAGGCAGUACCCGGAGGCGGGGAAUCCCCCCACGCUGAUUUUUGCAGUCGAGAGACUCAUGGAGCUGGCAGCCGGCCCCGCGGGCGCCCGCGGGGCCUCUGCGCAUCCCUUCUUCAACCUCCUCUGGCAAGAUCGGCUGCCGUCGCGCGGGCAGGUGGAGGCGGUCGCCGCUGCAGUCUUCGGGGCGCGCGCGGCGGAGGGAGCGACGAAGGAGACGCCGGCUCGCGCGGCAGGCUCCCGGCGCCUCGCGCCUCAGCUCCACGCGCUCGCAGGCGGCACAGACGCGGCGGCCGCGGCCGUGUCGCAGCUCGCUGCGCGCGUCGUCGCCCGCAUCUAUCCGCGCCUCGAGCAGUGGCUAGAGUACUUCGUCCGCGAGCACACGACGCGCGUCGCCGAAGCCCCGAACGCCGCCGCACUCGCCCUCUCUGCGGCCGCCGCGCCCUCGGCGCACGCUGGGUCUUCGUUUGCGGCGGCGCUGGCGGCGCUGUUGGAGCCGACGCGCUACCCGCGGUGGCAGCAGCUCCCGGCCUCCGCGCCCGCGGCCGCCUUCAGCAGCGGCCUCGACGACUUCCCGCGGCCGCUGCAGGUCUACAGCAAGCAGCGCGGCGAGGCGGGGCUGCCGCCGGCGGCGCAUCUCGACCUCCACGUCUGGCUCAUGAGCCUCGUUCGGGGGACUUACGCCGCCUGCGCUUUCCUUGCAGAGGCCCGCGUGGCGGAGGCGGCGACCAGCGCAGCCGAAUGCCAAAAAACCUACGAGCCCGUUCUGGCCUCGCUCGGCGUGAAGCUCCUCGGCGUGGACGCGCCCCUGUCUGUGUCCUCCCGCCUCCUCCGCUCUGACUCUUCUUGCUCUUCCUCUUCUUCCUCUUCUUCUUCUGAGCGGUGCAAUUUGAAGAAGGCGCGGCCGCCGGCGGAGUCGAGUGUCUACUUCCACCCUGCGGGGCUCUUCGUGGACUUCGCCACGCAGCAGCCACUCGUGCGGACGCGCGGUGACGCAGCGGGUUCGCGGCUCGUCCCGGUUCCCGUCUGGCCUUGGAGAGAAGACGGCAGGUGCGGCGCGGACUUCCCGAUCUCCACGGGGCGGCCGUCGCUCUGCAGUCCUCUCUCUGCCGCGCCCUGCUGCUCGCCGGCGGGCUUCUGCGGCGCAGGACCCGCGCACUGCGACUGCCCAGCUUGCAUGCGCACGCCGCCGCUGCGCGACCAGAGCUUCUGGCGGUACGAGGCCGUGGGACCGGCGCCGUCGGCUUACGUCGGCGUGCCCUCGCUGCUGCCUCUCGCGCUGGGCCUCUUGCCGCGCGGCGGCGCGCUGCCCUUCUUCGCGGGCGCUCCAGCCGCCGCGCAGGCCGCGUCCGGGGCGAGGCGGGCGCGAGGGGCGGGGGACAUGUUGCUGCGGAGGCUGCUAGAGGUCGCGGACAACGAAGAACUCGGCUUUUCGAGUCCAUUCGGCCUGCGCAGUCUGCGGCGAGGCGACGCGAUGUUCCACCAGGGCUCCGACUACUGGCGGGGCGACGUCUGGGUACACAUCAACGUGCUCCUGCUCAGGGGCCUGAAGAAGCACUACCUGACCCCCGCGAGAAAGGAGAGUCGCGCGCGGGCGGCCGCCGUGGCAGACGCAGAGGAGGACGGCGAAAGCCUCGAGGCGGACUUGCAGGCCUUCUACACGCGCACGCGCGCGCGGCUGAUGAAGGCGGUUGAGAGCGAGUGGGCGCGGACCGGCUCCUUCUUCGAGAGGUACUGCGACACCACAGGCCGCGGCAAGGGGCCGUUCCCCUUCGCCGGAUGGACGACGACCUACCUUCUGCUUCUGGCUGACGAAUGA